UCACACUCAGCCGGCUCUCAACAACAGUGACACCGACUACAACUGACCUCUCUGUUUUUCUCUUCCCUCUCUGCUUUUCCCCUUUACUCUGGUAAACAGUCGUGUUUCGGGUGGUCCCUUUUUCGGUUGUUUGGAAUUUCUUCUUUUUGCUCUUUCACCCAUCACCCCACCGCUCACUGCAACAUGGACUUUGGAUUUGAGCUUAUCUCAUGCUGUGUAGGAUGUUUUCAGGAAGUAGGAACGUUGAUUCUGGCCCUCCGAUUUGACUAGUUGGAGUGGGAGGCUAGCCAGGGGGUUCAACAGGUCCCAUCCUGGGAUUGACUCUCCCGGAAUCAUGAAACAAAAUCCAGCCUCUUACUCCCAGUAUAAAUCGGAGGAUGGCACGGCGCUUUCAACCACCCGUCCGAGCUCCUCGGGCUCCGGACAGACCUACACUCCCGCCGUGACCCCUACCCAGACGCCAACCCCUGGUUGCACCAGCAACAGCCCCAAUAACAAUGCUGUUCCCAAAUCGGACUCGUUGCUCUUCAACAAGAUUGACGAGAGACAGAGGUUGGCCCGUGAGCGCCGGGAGGAGCGUGAGAAACAGAAUGCUGUCAGGGAGGCCCAGUGGCAGGCGCGUGAGGAGCGAGCCAGGCAGCACUAUGAGAAGCACCUGGAGGAGAGGAGGAGAAGGCUGGAGGAUCAGAGGAUAAAGGAGGAGAAGAGACGAGCUGCCGUGGAGGAGAAACGACGGCAGAAACUGGAGGAAGACAGGGUUCGCCAUGAAGCCGUGAUGCGUCGGACAUUGGAGAGGAGCCAGAGAACCAGACAGAAGCCCAAUCGCUGGUCGUGGGGAGGGGCACUGAACACUAACACUCCCAGCACACCAGCCGAUGCUGACAGGCGAUCAGUGUCCACGAUGAAUUUAUCCAAACAUGCAGACCCCGUCAUUACCAAGCGCCUCUCCUCCUCCUCUGCCACACUCCUACACUCACCAGACCGAGGUUUACAGAUGAGGACAGGCUUACAGAUGAGAACAGCCUCCUCCCCUGUUAUUAGCAAAGCUCAGUCCAAACCCCGCCUACACCAGGGAAAGACCACCCAGCACAAAAACACAGGCCUCCGCCGUCUUCCAUUGACGCCAUGGGAGAGCAAUGUGGUGAACCGCCUGCAGCAACCGACACACUCCUACCUUGCCCGCAGUCGCAGUGCCAUGAGUCUGUCUGGAGAGCAAACAGCCAUGCCUGUGUGUCCUCGCUCAGUGUCUUGCCAGCCCAUGGGCUCCAUGUCCUUCAAGGCCCUGCAGGCCCAGCCGCUGCCUCACUGCCGCAGCCAGGAGAGGAGCCUCAGCAGGGAGACGGCCUCGUCCUCCUCCACCACCCCUCGCAGGAGAACCAGUGGAGUCACACAACGAAAGGACCGUGACAAUGUCAGGAAGUCAUGGAGCAACCUGUCACUGCCACUUGCCCCCAUUCUGACUUUGCCACCCAAGAAACGCUCCUCCUCUCCAGGCAAGAAGAACAGCAAAGCGACAGCACCCUCUCCUGGCAGGCCUCCACAAAAGACAGCAGGGCGUCCCCCGACCCCCAAGCUGCUUAAGUCCCCGGGGGCAGAAGAUCCUGGAAACCUUCGCCCUGUCAGAGUCACAGCAGAGAGCCCCCACCCCCCAACGCCCACCAGAGCCCAAGAGGAGGAAGAGAAUGACGAGCAGGUCCUUAGUCCUCCUCAGCCUCGACCUCAGCCGCUGGGUCAGAACAAGACCUCAAAUGAGCCGACACCAGCAGCAGCAGCACCAACAGCAGCCAGCGAGAGCGUAAGCAGUCCUCCAGCCCACAAGCCUUCAGCAGGCACCACAGACCCAGAGGAGGCGAGUCGGAUCCUGGCCGAGAAACGACGGCUGGCCCGCGAGCAGAGGGAGAGAGAAGAAGAGGAGCGCAGGCUGCAAGAGGAGCAAGCGAGGUUAGCCAGGGAGGAGAUGGCUCGCCGAAAGGCGGAGGAGCGAGCGAAGAGAGAGGAGGAAGCUCAGCGGCAGGCGGAGGAGAGGAGGAGGAAGGAGGAGGAGGAGAGGAAGGCAGAGGAAGAGAGACUUCAGAAAGAGAGGGAAGAGGCAGAGAGGCUCCAGAAACAGAAAGAGGAAGAGGAGUCUCGACAGAGAGAGGAGGCAGAGCGACUGAGGCAGGAAAGAGAAAAACACUUCCAGAAAGAAGAGGCUGAACGCCUGGAGAGAAAAAAGCGCCUGGAGGAGAUCAUGAAAAGAACAAGACGUUCAGACACAGCAGAGAAGAAAGUUACUCCCAAUAGGAAUGGAGACGAUGCAGGUAAAUCCUCUCCUGCUCCAUCUGCGCAGACCGUGUCCCCGACACACAAUAGCAACGGCAACAGUCAGCAGCCUGAGCCCGACCCAAACCCCAGCACUGCAGCACUGAGCCAUCCUGACCAGAGGGAGAACGGGGAGUUUGAGGAGGUGAUCGUACUGCCUUCACAUUCCAGGUUGUCUCCUCCUGAGGGAGAGGAGGAACAGCAUCAGGCAGCAGGAGGAGGAGAGGACUCCUGUCGUCGCCUUCAGGGAGAACGGUCUCCUAAAGCCUCUGAGUGGAAUAGAGGAUAUAUCGGCUCAGCAGGGACCAGAUGUUGCCUGAUGCCCCAUGAGACCGAGAUGAUUCCACACCCAGACAGGAAUAGAGGAGGUCAGAGAGAGGUGACGAAACAGAGAGCUGUUGGACUGAAUCAAAGGAAGCGCUCGCAGCACCGGAGGUUUUACUUUUCUCACCCGCCCUCGACAGCAAGAGCACCGCAGCCAUUUCCCAAAGAUGGUGUCUCCAAAGAUCUCCCUAAAAGCAAACUCCCAGAGAGAAGUUACUUUUCCCUCAACAGACUCUCUGGGGAACAGAUCGUCUCUCUGUCUGUGGCCAUGUUUAGGCUUGGUCAUAUUGUUUGUUCUGUGUACAGCCCCAACUUACCCCUGAUUCUGAGGUCAAUGUCCUGAAAUCACUGGAGGGCAUCCAAUGCCUGUUUCAUCUCUCAUGAUGAGCGUGUGUGUGUGUGUGUGUGCGCGCGCAAGUGUGAGAAUGACAGACUAAUAGUAAUGUAAAUGAGAUCAAUCAUGAUACUUGAAGUUUCUGUAGAACAUGCUGUAAUCAGCAAUUCCACAUAUGACUGGAACUCGCACAUCAGGCUCAGAAUUCUAAGGUUUCAUUGACACACGUGUUCUCUUUAACUGGAACCUCAUAAUUCUCACGUUUCAGCGUUUCUAUCGAAAUGUUGCAGAAGAGAUGAGCUGUAGGAAUGAUCUCUGCAUGAAGUUGUAUUAAGACUACAAGAAAGGUUCAUGUCAUGUAAAAUAUUUUUUGCUGUGUCUACAGUGUUUAAAACUAGAGAUUAUUAUUGGGGUGAGGCGGCAGCAGCAGCGUUGGAGUAUCAUGGAGUUUAAGUUAAAUAAUGACAAAAUGAAAAUACUGUUUUCUCAGAAAACUGAGAAUUAGGGUGUAAACUACUGAUUUUUUUUGUUUAGGUUUAUUUAAUUGUUGUACAGAUAAAAUGUGAUUAUUCGUUUCGUUUUCAUCCUCCUGUCUUCACUUUCUGUUCAAAUUGAGAAAAAAAAAAAAUCUGCUUUGAUGUCAAGUCCAGCCCUUUUCUUUUCACUCGUUGACCCUGUCAAAGCUGCAUCCUCCGUCCUGUCUCACUGUAUUCCUGGGCUCAGUGAGCAGUGUCGGAGGACCUCGCUGUAGCUCAGCCCUCUUGUGUUUGAGGUUGUCCUCUGUUCUGGACAAACAAAUACAAAAUGGAUUAAAGUAAUUUACUGGUGAUGCUAAUUUUGAAAUAAUCUCAUUAAUUUGAUCUUUUUUAAUUAAGGGUUUAAGAAGAAAUGCUGCUAAUUUUGAUGUUCCUUUGCCUUACCGCAUUUGUACAAAGAAUGAGGUGACUCAGUCUCACUGAAGUGAAAAUAUGCAUUCCCAGUAUCAGCUUUGACAGUCUGGUCACACACUCUAAACUCUCCAGUGGCUUCCUUUUCUUGAUUUAUGUUAAAGUAUGAAGGAUCAUGGUGAAAUGUGACCAUAGCAGAGCUCUAAUGUCAAAUAAGUUGGUCUCUAACUUUUCUAGCUUUUCACUAGGGAAAGACUAAACUGGGGGAUUCAAGUAAAACACUGGAAUUACACCACUGUGAUCCUCACUUCCAUCUCCUUCACACAGCUCCCAGUAAUGCUGCUCUCAUGGCAUUUGGUUCUCAAACCUUUGCACUUACUUUCCUCUUUGUUUAAAUCUUGCAGUACCACCAAAAUGGAAGGAACCUUCCAACAGAUAAUCCAUAUCUCGGUUGUGAAGUGCUGGUUUCUGCCAGUAGUACAUAGCAUGCUGUUAUCGUCAUGGUAACCUGACUUAGCUUGCAAAGAAAUUGCUUUAUCAGAAGCAAAAUCUCUUGUAAAGUAUAUUAUACAUAGAUAUCCUAUAAAUUAUGUAUAGAAGUCGAUAUAUUUUACUAAGACUGACCACAAGGUUUUGAAAACUAACAAGCCCUUUACUUCAGAGAGAAAAAAGGGGGCUGUGGGAUAAGAUCUUUGAACCACUGUAAAACUGAAAUCUUUGUGCAACUGUUCCAGCUGUACUGUUUGGCAAGAAAAUAAACCUUUUUGAAUUGAUUACCUA